AUGUUGGCGUUGUUAAAGAGGCAAAAUCUACAAGCAACAUUUCUUGUAUCAAGAAGGGAAAUCUUCAGAUCAUCAAGAUUUUACGUUUCUGGAAUAACAAGUAGAGGACCUUGUUAUAGAGACGCUUAUGAUUUUACAUACUUGUUGGAGCAAUGUAAAACCACCAAAGCAGUGAAAAAACUGCAUGCCCAGAUAAUUAUGGAAGGCCAUGAACAAAACCCAAAAGUUGCUUCUAAGCUAAUUGGCAAGUACAUUGGGUGCAAUAACACGAGUAUGGAAAUUGCACAGAAGGUGUUUGAUAGUUUGUCUAAGAGAGAUGUCUUUCUAUGGAACAUGGUAAUUCAAGGUUAUGCAAAUUUGGGUCCUUUUAUAGAGGCUGUCGAUUUGUAUCGUCGGAUGCGGAUUAGUGGCUUGGCCGCGAACAAAUACACGUACCCUUUUGUGUUGAAGGCCUGCGGCUCAAUAAAAGAUGGGAUGAGUGGUCAAGUUGUGCAUGGACAUGUUUUAAAAUCUGGUCUGGACUUGGAUUUGUUUGUUGGGAAUGCUCUUAUUGCCUUCUAUUCCAAGUCUCAGGAUAUGAGGGCAUCCAGAAAAGUGUUUCAUGAAAUGCCUCAGAAAGACAUCAUUAGCUGGAAUUCGAUGAUUUCGGGAUAUGCUUCAAAAGGGCACGCGGAGGAUGCUCUCAAGCUUUUCUGCUCAGUGGUACGGGAUCAUACGACAUGUUUCCUUGACCAUGCCACUCUUGUUAGCACACUUCCUGCUUGUGUUCACACAUCAGGCCUCCAAGUCGGAUUUUGGAUUCAUUCGUACGUAGUAAAGUCAGGCAUGGAAGUGAAUGCCGCUUUGUGCAGUGGUCUAAUAUCAAUGUAUGCAAAAUUUGGUCGAGUGAGCAUCGCAAAAAGAGUCUUUGAUGGAAGUAGAGACAAAAAUAUAGAAGUUUGGAGUGCAAUGAUGAGGUGUUAUGGAAUGUACGGGUACGCGGAUGAGGCGCUCAAGCUGUUCCAACGAUUGCUAGAUUUUGGGUUAUACCCGGAUGGUGUUGUGUUUUUGUGUUUGUUGUCAGCAUGUAGCCAUUCCGGCAUGGUAGAAAAAGGCUGCGAGAUUUUUGAGAAAAUGGGAGAUUUUGGAGUGGAGAAAAAGGAGAAGCAUUAUGCUUGCAUGGUAGAUCUCUUAGGCCGGGCUGGGUUGAUGGAUCAAGCAAUUAAGUUCAUCAAAAACAUGCCGGUGAACCCGGGGAAAGAUGUCUAUGGUGCUUUGCUUGAAGUGUGCAGGAUACAAGGCAAAAUAGAACUCGCUGAAGAAGUGGCUGAGAAGUUGGCGGUCUUGGACGCGGACAAUGCUAGGCGGUUCACCACUCUGGCGAAAAUGUACGAAGAGAAAGGGCGGUGGGAGGACGCGGCAAGAAUGAGGAAGGAGCUGAGGAAGAAGAAAAUUAGGAAACUAACUGGUACUAGUUCAAUUGAGGUGGAUUGCUUUCAUUCUUCACUUGGAGAAAAGGAUGAAUUAACCUUUGUCAGUCUAAAUUGA